GUCAUUGCUUCGUACCUUUCCGCAGCCCUCCGGGGGCUAAAGCAAAAGCGAAAGCGAAUGCUCCAGGCCGGCGGCCGGUCCCCAGACGGACUGCGCUCGACACUUCCCCAGGGCCGGGCACUGCACGCGCUGCUAGCGCGGGGCGCCCUGGCGGGGCACUGCAGUGCUGACGGCCAUGGUCCCGCGGCAGCUCCGGGGCUGUCGAGUCCACGCCCUCCGCGCCUUACAGCUGCUGCUGUUACUCCUCCGACCGCCGGCGACGCUGGGUACCACGUGUCCUACCCCUACAUCUGUUGAACAUGCAGACAUCCAGGUCAAGAGUUACAACUUGCACUCCAGGGAGCGAUAUGUUUGUAACUCUGGUUUCAAGAGGAAAGCUGGCACAUCCAGCUUGACCGAGUGUGUGUUUAACAAGUCUGCAAAUAUUGCCCAUUGGACAACACCCAAUCUCAAGUGCAUCAGAGAUCCCUCCCUGACUCACCAAAAGCCAGUGCCACCCUCCACAAUAGUGACAGCAAGGGUGACCCCAGAGCCAGAGAGCCCCUCCCCUGCUGGAAAAGAGCCAGCAGCUUUAUCUCCUAAGUCAGCCACCACACUGGCCACAGAGACAGCCACUGUACCGGGGCCUUGGCUGAUGGCAUCCACACUACCUUCUGUAAACACCACGGGGCUAGGCAGUCAUGAGCCCUCCCAAACCCCAUCUCAGACAACAGCAAUGACCUUGGAGCACAUGCCCUCUACUUCCCACGAGACACCAGGUGCUCCUUCACACAGCUCCAGAGGUGGAACAGCCAUCUCAACAUCUGUUGCUGUGAUUUUUGCAGUGAUUGCGGUACUCGUGCUGGUAUGGUACUUUAGAUCAAGGAAUAUUCCCCAGCCACGUGCUAUUGAAAUGGAAACUGUGGAAGCAAUCCCGAUGGCUGGGGAUACCAGCAGCAGAGAGGAAGACACAGGAAGACACAGUCCACUCAACCUCUGAAACUCAGGAAAACUAGCCAGGCUAAGCCUGGAGCGAAGGCUCCAUCUCUGCGUUAGAUGAAAAGCAACUGGGAGAUACCAGGAAAAGGCCCAGCAGGAUAAUCAGAGGGCUCUGGCUUGAUCUCAUGGACUGUGCCUGGGCACAUCCCAAAGGAUUGAGCAGGUUCUCCUGCACCCAGCGGACGCUGCCCACCUGGCUGGCCUGAGUACACAGCCAGCUUCCCAAAAUCCAAGCAGCUGCAGUUCUCCCUGGAGGGCUGAAGGCCCUGGAGGCCUCUCAUUUCACUCUGACAUUGAUUCAGGACAGCUGAACCACUUGACUGUCUUCUCCAUACCUCAUCCUGACUUGCAUUCUACAGAGAACAAGAACAUUCUACAGAGAACAAGACUGUGGCUGUCUGAUAAUUACAAGGCUCUUGCUGGCUUGGGAAGACGGCAGCAUUAGAGUUCCUCAAAAUUCUCUCCUGUGUGCAUUUAAAGGGAGCUGAGAAAGGCAGUAAACACAUUGAGCCAGUGAAUUCUUCUGCUAUAAAGGAGAAUUGAACUCAGUGACGUUUUACAUAUGUAUGCUUUUGUAUUUAUACUUUCCUAUUUGUUAUAGCUACAUGUAUAUAUGAUUUAUAUUUUGAAAGUGUACCUUGUAUAAACAAAAUAAAAUAUCUAUUUUCAGUAUUAAAAA